UUGCCUAAGGCGCGCAUUUCGAAGGAGUAGGUCAAAUAUGUUAGUGAUCAGUUAAACAACCAAUCUGCUGAAUUUUGCAAGCACCGUAGUAGCAGCAGGAAUUCGAAAUAGGGGAAGCGGUAGUCGAUAGAGCGAGAUAAUUUUUCUUCAAUCCCAUCUCCAGCCGCGCUCACCGGGCGAACCUCCGACUUCCGGCCUUCCACCCCUACCAGGACACCGGUUUCCCCACUGAUACAGUCAUCCCCCGCUGGGCAACGCCACGUAGCCAACCCCAACCCCGUUUCUUCACCAUGAGUUGCACACUGGUGUAUCGAGAUUGGGGAACGAAGCUGCCACAUCGGCGCAGCGAGUGUGAGGAGGCUAGCGAGAAGAGACACGGAGACGACGGGGUCCGGAGUAGUAGGGCGCGCGACAGAUGUGGGAAUGGGGAACUGAGGCCGCGGAAGGCGCGAAAGGAGGAGAAGCCCAUCGACGACGGCGGGGCGGCGCACGACUGCCGCCGCCCUCGCCGUCAAGCCUCGGGAGUCGGGAGAGCGAGCGCGAACCGAUUUAUUCCGGAGGCUCUUUUUGUAAAAUGCAUUGAACCUAGUGGCCCAGGCCCAGUCGAGGGCUUGGCCCAGUCAGCCUUCUCUGUCUCCCUGAUGCCACCGAACCGCAAGAGGCAAGCAGCAGCCAUGGAUCCCGCGGCAGGAGGCGCCGGCCAGCAGCGCCAGAACAAAGCUUCGGCGGGCAAGAAGGCAAAGAAGGGCAGCGGCAGCGGCAGCGGCGGGAGAUGGCCGUCGGUCAAGCCCAAGAAGGAUCUCCAGAUCAAUCGCCUCAAGGGCACCCACCUCCUCACCAUUCCGGACUUCUUCACUUCCGCCGAGGCCAAGACUUUCAUUGAUGUUGCUGAGUCUAUGGGCUUCACGCACCAGGGCAGUUUGGGGCCACUAAAGGGGGAGGCUUACAGAGACAAUGAUCGGAUAUCUGUGAUGGAUCCAUUGCUUGCUCAAGCCAUUUGGGAAUCAGGAAUAAACAGAAUUUUUACAGACAUCAGCGUUUCUGGCAAAGUAGCAACAGGAUUGAAUCCAAAUAUCAGGUUCUACAGGUACACUGAAGGUCAGCGCUUUGGUCGGCAUAUUGAUGAGAGUGUCGACCUUGGGGAUGGUUCUAAAACGUAUUAUACGCUUUUAAUUUACCUUUCUGGCAAAGGAAGCGCAAAGGAUUCAUCUGGACAAGCUCUUGUUGGAGGGGAGACUGUCUUUUAUGAUCAAAGAGGUGGAGUUGUUGCUGAGGUUGCUCCAGUGCAAGGAAUGGCACUCCUCCACCUACAUGGCGCCAAAUGUAUGCUGCAUGAAGCCCGGGUUGUGAAAAAGAAUGCCAAAAAUAGCAGCAUGCACUUGAGGACUGAAACUACUAUGCACACGACUGAGAUGAAAGCUUUACUGAUUUCUGUAAACAUGGUGAAACAACAAAGCAAUACGUGAUGGAUUCUCCAUGGCCAUAUGUGCCCAUAUCCUGUUCUUUGGCCAUCGUAGGUAGUAUUGCUGGUGAACCUGUUGCGAACUGUGUAGUAUGUACUAAAAACAGUUUUGCCAGAUAUUUGAUCAGCACGAGGUGCUUAAAUGCC